GUCUCUCUCACUCAUCGAACAAGGGCCGGCCGCCCCGCAGAUGAGUGGCCCAUGUGUAACUCGUUCUUUCUCUUUCCGCCAGUAUGGGCUUUGAAAAGCAAAUAGUCAUUGAUGCCUCAGGUCACUUGCUUGGCCGUCUGGCUUCAACCAUUGCCAAAAGUAUCCUUAAUGGCCAGCGUGUAGUUGUUGUACGAUGUGAAAGUAUUUGCAUCAGUGGUAAUUUCUACAGAAACAAGUUGAAAUAUCUUGACUUCUUGCGCAAGAGAACCAACACCAAGCCAUCUCAUGGACCCUUUCAUUUCCGUGCCCCAAGCAGGAUUCUUUGGAGAACUGUCCGAGGUAUGAUUCCACACAAGUCCAAAAGAGGCACCGAAGCAAUGAAUCGUAUGAAGGUGUUUGAUGGAAUACCAAGCCCAUAUGAUAAGAUAAAGCGCAUGGUUGUGCCAUCAGCUCUUAGAGUGGUAAGACUGAAGCCAGGAAGGAAGUACUGUGUUCUUGGCAGACUGUCUCAUGAAGUUGGCUGGAAGUAUCAGGACAUUCUAAGUACCUUGGAAGAAAAACGCAAGGCCAAGGCUCUUGUUUAUCACGAACACAAGACAAAGAUCCAGAAACUGAAGCAAAAGGCUGAGGAAACCAAGGCACAAGAACUCAAGAGUGUUAAUGAAGUUAUUGAAUCAUAUGGAUACUAAUAACACUCAUUGCCUUUAAUUAUUUGUGCAAUAAAAAAGAUCAAUAUAAACUU